GCAAAUGUAGGGACGACUAUCGGCACCAACCAGGUGGUUGGUAGCAAGGCCCCAACAGGCAACAGGCGGGAAGCGGCCGUCGUGGAGAGCAUCGGCCGUGCCCAUUACGACGACAAGACAGAAUAGUGGCGGUGCUAACUAACAACUAAGAACUAUAGAAAUGGGGAGAAAAGCAAGGUGGUUUGACACCGUGCAGAGAAUCUUGAGCAUUUCUGAACCUGAUCCUGUGGAGACGCACACAGAUGCCAAGGCUGCGAAGCUGAGAGACAAACCGAGCUUCAAGAAGAUAUGGCAAUUCGGCAAAUCAAACCCGUCUGGUGCUUCCACCUCUGCGGCGCCGGCGCUAGAUGUGGAGGCUCAUCAGCCUCAUCAAUUGCCACAGUCCCCGGCGCCUAAUAAUAAGCAACAUUUCGAGGAGACCACGACGGAGGUGCAAUUCAUGGACUCAAGAUGUGAGGAAGAAGGCGAGUGCAUCAUGCACCAGACGGAGGUGGUGUCACCAGCUUCAAAGGUCCACUCCACCUCCACGACCAUGGCAGUCGUAGCGAUCGCCUGCCCCACCGUCAUAUCACCAACGAAGUGGUGUGCCCGUUCAAAGGAGGACAUUGCCGCCACCAGAAUUCAGGCUGCUUGUAGGGGCCAUUUGGCAAGGAAACCACCCCAAGAAAGAGCAAUGGCUAGGUUGAUGUCGUUGGUUGACAAGGGGUUCGCUGUUAAGCGCCAAACCCAGGAAGCAUUAUACUGCAUGCAGAUGAUGACAAGGAUUCAGACUCAGAUAUACUCAAGGAGGCUGAAGACUGAGGAGGACAAGAAGGCUCUCAAGAGUCAGCCCAAGGUUAAACAGAGCCCGGACAAAACAAAGACUGGUGACGGCUGGGACCAUAGCCUGCAGUCCAAGGAGCAGAUGGAAGCAGUGCUGAAGAUGAAGCAGGAAGCCGCUACAAGGCGGCAAAGGGCCUUGUCAUACGCAUUUUCUCAACAGUGGAGGAACAGAAAUACCUCUUCUGCGCGAGCUGUGCAUGCGCCUGCUCCGAUGUUCAUGGACCCUGGCAAUCCAAACUGGGGCUGGAGCUGGACGGAGCGCUGGAUGGCGGCUGCGAGGCCAUGGGAGAACCAGACAACAACAUUGUCAGACACUGGUCGUGUCGCAUCAAAGAGUGCCAGCAGUCGGCUGCCUCGAGUGGCCGUCUCGGUCCAGAUACCGGCCAUGACCACUACUACGCCAAAGGGCAAGUCCUUGCGCCCACCGAACUGGUCAUCGUCGUUGUUGCUAUCGUCCCCGUCGACGCCCCCGCCACGGUCGUCGCCGUUGAUCUCAGGGAGGCCGUCCAAGCUCGCGAGCCCGAGGAGCGGCCCACUCCAUGCUACGAGCGGCCUCCAGCACACCAAGAGUCUGCAGCCAGAUCGCCGGCCACGAAGCAGCCAGGAACUCUCGGUAAACAGCCCGCGUCGCGCCGUGCCGGCGAGCCCCAGGGCCGCCAGCGGAGGCAGCAGCCCGCUCCACACGUCAAGUGGCGCGACGACCAUGCAAUUCGAGCGUCGCCCGCGGAGCAGCCAGGAACUCUCGGUGAACAGCCCACGCCGCGCCGUGCCGACGAGCCCUAGGGCCGCCAGCGGAGGCAGCAACCCGCUCCACCCUUCAAGUGGCGUGGCGACCAUGCAACUCGAGCGCCGCCCGCGGAGCAGCCAGGACCGCGGGAUGAGCAGCAGCCCGCGCCUGGGCGCCAACAAGGACGCCCCGCUGCGGCGCACGACGAGCCUGCGGGCGGAGCUUCCGGGAAGGUUGAGCCUGGGAAGCACCAUCGCGGCAGCGUCGACCAUGGGAGACGACGAGGGCUCGCCGGUGACCCCAAGCUACAUGCAUCCAACAAAGUCCGUGAGGGCCAAGAAGGUCAGAUGCCCGAGCCCGUCGGCGGCAAUGGCCACUUCUGACAUGUUUGACGCUCCCGAGAGCGGUCCAGCGCCUCUACAAGUGCCUCCCUCGCCGUCUUCGGCCAAGAAGCGUUUGCCUCAGGUGUUCGCGGACAAGCCAAGUGCCUCGUCGCCGAGCAAGGUGGCGCUGGAGAGGGUAAGGCGGUACUCGCAGCUUUCCAGUCCCAGGAUGUCGCUAUCUUGAGUGAAGCUAUAGUCGAAGAGGGAGAUGGAACAAAGAUGGAACAAAUUAACCAAGCGUGCCGCACUUUGUUUUGUGUGUGUUUUUGACUAGUUAUGAGUCAGGUGUUGUUUUUUCGUGUGUGUAUAUGUUUUAGGACGACAAUGAAAGCUGUGUGAAUCAGAUUACUAUGGUCACAUGCAUGGGAAUCAUGAGUGUGGAUGGAUAAACUCUGCUUUUUUUAGCAAAAAGGAAAAUUUGCUC